UUAGCGUACUCUUGUUCUUUGCUUCCUCAUGACCAAAAUAGUUUCUUCUGUAGUCAUAAAUGUGGCCCAGACAUUUAUAAAGUGUGAACAGUAAGACAUUUCCUGAAACAUCUUAACCUAGAACUAGAUAAAAAGGUCAAAAUCCCCAUAGAACCAGAUUGUAGUUAAGAACACUUAAGAUGUCUUUGUGUUUAUUUUUUAGUUAAAUGAUUCCCAGUAAGCGGAUAUGGGUCAUGCUUAUUUUUGAUGAAAGAUUAUAUUUUACAGUGAAUCUUCUUUCAGUCUCAUUUACCACAGAACGUUUUUAAAAAGCAGCAAAAACAUCAUGUCUUUGGAUCCUCACCCCACAGCUUCAGAUAACAUGUAAAUUCAGCUGUCUGCAAACCCACAUCUUAGAGCUUUACAGCUUCCUGACAAAUGAACUCUAGAGCAGGAUCUAAUGCCUGAUGAUCUGAAGUAGAGCUGAUGUAAUAGUAAUAGAAAUAGAGUGUACAAUAAUGUAAUGUGCCUAAAUCAUCCUGAAACCUCCCUGCCCCCAUCCGUGGAAAAAUUAUCUUCCAUGAAACUGGUCCCAGGUGCCAGAAAGGCUGGGGAUUGUUCUAGAGGAUUGUUGAACUUCCCACUGCAAAUGUGAAACAAGGAAACUCUCCAAAGUUCUAAAAUCUUUGCAAAACUUUGCACGUAGUUUCUGAAAAAUAGGCCUUCCACCCCCUUAUUUUUUUUCCCUUCAAAUGUGGCUCCAGAGGGCAGGGGAAGAUUGUUUGCAGCAGAGAUCCGCGCACGGGAAGGUAAACUGAGCUCCUCAGAGACUCUUAGCCAGCAGCCUCUGCUCAGGCCCAGCCUUCUCUCUCCAGUUGCCACCACAGCCUGGAGGCGCCUGCCUCCGCCCUCCCGAAUGGUGCUCCUCCUCGCAGGCCUCGGCCCAGGAUCCAGGCCCCUUUUGCCCCCCGCCUCGGAGCUAUUGCUCCGGGUCUCUCCUGGUGGACUCCCUGUGACGGGGAGGGAAGGACUUUUGCAUAUACAAAGCUAUAGCUCUUGGGACCCCACUGGCCACUUGAAUCUCGGCCUCUAACCGAGUCUGAGGUUCUUCUUGUGUCCUGUUUCCACCCUUUGAGAAGAGAAACCCUUCUUGCCACCCAGAGCCCAGGAAGCCCCAUGCUGGGGCCCUGGUCCCAGCAUGUCAGUCCUCUUUUAUGCUUAGGGCUAUGCCUUCUCCCUGCCAGCAUGGCUGAACUCAGGCAGAUUCCAGCGGGGUGGGAGACCCCACAAGGGCAGCUUCGGCCUGAGGUUGUAGAGGAUGAAGUCCCUCGGAGCCCAGUUGCAGAGGAGCCUGGAGGAGGCGGAAGCAACAGCAGUGAAGCCAAAUUGUCCCCAAGAGAAGAAGAAGAACUGGAUCCUAGAAUACAGGAGGAGCUGGAGCAUCUGAACCAGGCCAGCGAGGAAAUCAACCAAGUGGAGCUGCAGCUGGAUGAGGCCAGAACCACCUACCGGAGGAUCCUGCAGGAGUCAGCAAGGAAACUCAACACGCAGGGCUCCCACUUAGGGAGCUGCAUCGAGAAGGCUCGGCCCUACUAUGAAGCUCGGCGGCUGGCUAAGGAGGCCCAGCAGGAGACACAGAAGGCAGCACUGCGGUAUGAGCGGGCUGUGAGCAUGCACAACGCCGCCCGGGAGAUGGUGUUUGUGGCUGAGCAGGGCGUCAUGGCUGACAAAAACCGGCUGGACCCCACGUGGCAGGAGAUGCUCAACCACGCCACCUGCAAGGUGAACGAGGCAGAGGAAGAGCGUCUUCGUGGUGAGCGGGAGCACCAGCGGGUGACGCGGCUGUGCCAGCAGGCCGAGGCUCGGGUUCAGGCCCUGCAGAAGACCCUCCGCCGCGCCAUUGGCAAGAGCCGGCCCUACUUUGCGCUCAAGGCCCAGUUCAGCCAGAUCCUGGAGGAGCACAAGGCCAAGGUGAUGGAGCUGGAGCAGCAGGUGGCCCAGGCCAAGACCCGUUACUCAGUCGCCCUGCGCAACCUGGAGCAAAUCAGCGAGCAGAUUCAUGCGCGGCGCCGGGGCCAGCCUGCUCAUACCCCCGGCCAGAGGCGCUCCUCUCCAGUGGGGGCGGAGGCUGGGCCUGAUGGUGGCGAGGAUGCGGACAGCGGGAUCAUUGAGGGGGCGGAGGGUGGAGGGCUGGAGGAAGGCGUCAGCCUGGGGCCUGGCCCUGCCCUGGACACCGACACGCUGAGCCUGCUGAGCCUGCGCACUGUGGCUUCGGACCUGCAGAAGUGCGAUUCCGUGGAGCACCUGCGGGGUCUCUCGGACCACACCAGUCUAGAUGGCCAGGAGCUGGGUCCUCGGAGUGGGGGUCGUGGAGGUCGCCACCAGCGCAGUAUCAGCCUGUAACCCCGUGCUCAGGGUGGCUGAUGCAUUCAUACCACCACUGGCCCAAGGAGGGCCCUGCAGGUUCCUAGCUCCCUCUCCUCGGGUCCUUGCUUCCCUCAGAGAGGGCAGGUUGGCUGUGUCUUGAGUCUGUUGUAUAUGUCCUGGCUUUCUCACCUGGCCCUGCCCCCCGCAGGUGGCAGCUCUCUUUGCCUUACCCUUUCAGAAGGCUUAUCUUUGGCUCUGACAUCUCCUUUCCCUGUGUUGGUCCUUCAUAGUCUGUCUGUCUGCUGCCCUCUUUCUGACUUCUGUCUGGUUUUUCCCCUCAGGGAAAUUUGUCUGGGCGGCACAGGGAAAGCAUCAGAGAAGGUGGGCACUGGAUCUGGGUCCCAGCAUCUUGGUCCCCCCAGCUUGAGUGAAUGGAUGGGUCCCCCUCCCACCUACUCAUCUCCCAGGUGGUUCCUGGGAUGCUGCGGAACCCUCCAGCAGCCCAGCAGCCCAUCCUCUGUCCCAGCCUGCUCGUGGGUAACCUGUAAGAAGUGCUGCAGGACUGUGUGCCUCUGGAAGACACCAUCCAUCCCUUCAGUAUUCCCUCCUCAUGACCGAAGCCACCUGUGCCUCAAAGCAGGACUUGAGGGAUACUGGUGUCAGGGAAGGUGAAGCCCAAUCCCAUUGUCAACAGAGGGGACACUACCAACUCCAAACAGGCUCCUGUGUGCGUUGCGUUUCCCCAGCUGGGCUGUGUCCAACAUUGCCAAGGUGCUAGUGGGUCCAUGUUGAGGGGGUGGAGAUGUAGUGAGGUUCUGACGGUUGAAGCUCUUCCCAUUUCUGCUGUGGAGUUAGGUCUGUUUACUUUUUCUGGGUAGAGGAUGCUGAGCCAAAUCUCAGCAUUCUUCUACAGGGUGGAGUUAGGGAAUUUGGUGCUCAAUUGCUCUCCCUCACUCUUCCCGAAACCAAACCAUACCUAGUCCAGGAUCUCUUGGGGGAUGCUCAGGUUUGGCUGCAGAACCUCUGCUGAUACAGGGCAGGGUUGGCCUGCGGUGAGGGAACCCACCCUCCAUAGGGAGCAGUUUCAGGUGUCUGAUGGCACUCCCAUGCUGUGUGGGGGAAAGGCAGGGAAGCUACACUGGAUCUGGGUGCCUUGGGGAACCGAUCCUCCUGUCCCACCCCAGGAGGGCUGAGAGCUGGACUCUGGACAGGAGAAUUUGUGCCUAGGCCUGUGUGCUGCUGCCAUCAACUGGGGGGAGGUGGGGGGUGGGGAGCAGGCCUUCAAAUUGAGGUUGUCUCCCUGUCCCAGGGUUAAAACAGGAUGGUCAUGAUGAGAACUGCCAGGUUUGAGGUGGCCAUGGGUGGAGGGAAAAUGGAGGAGGACGUGGGCGUGCGUGUGUGCAUGCAUGUGCCUGUGUGUAUGGGGGGAAAGGGUCUGCCCCUGAUUUUAUUUAAAUAAAAUAGUUUAUGUAACAAAAAAAAAAGCAAAACAAAUGUGGCUCCAGAGAGAUGAUUUCAUUGAACUAUAAAUUUCAAUGCUAAAUUUAGUAUGCAGAGGACCACAGCCUUCUAAUCCAACCACGUCAUUUUACAGCUGAGGAAUCUGGAAACAUCCUCAAUAGGGGAAUCAGGGCCUCAUCACAGGGGCCUGUGUGCAUACUGAAGGGCAGAGGCUAGACUAGAAGCUAGCCCCCAUCCUGUGCAGUCAGAGAGAGACCUGGAAAGUGUGGCAUAUUCAUCUCAGAGCAAGUUACAGCUUCUUCACUUAUAGCUGAUUCACUGUGUUGUACAACAGAAACUAAUACAACUUUGUUCGGCAACUGUACUCCAAUUUAAAAAAAAAUUUUUUUUAAUGAAAGAAAAGUUAAAGCUGUGUCCAUACUGUCGUACCACUCGUCCUCAUGUGGUCAGCAGCUGUUUUCAAUG